GCAAGCCAGCUGAAAACCACAUCUCUUUCUUGCAAGGGGCCUCCCUUAUUUGAGCUUUUUUUGUGCCUAAGGUUCUGCCUGGCCCUUCCUUCUGCCAGCGCUUCUUGAACAGGGAGCAGAUGAUCCACCCAAACCCAAGCAGGUGCCUGCCAGGAAAGGCAUUGCCAGUUUCGAGAGGAUUUGCCUGAAAGAGCCCUCAAGUGUACCCAUUAUCACUAGGUUGGCAGGUUGUCUUUAAGAGACCAUGACCUUUCACGCUGGGUCCUUCUCAUGUCCUGCCCAAAGGCAUUUUUGCCUCCCUUCUCCUUUCCAGUGCACACCCACACCCAUGUCCCCCUUUCAUGGACCCAGUUGGGGAAGAACUGCUGGCAAUGGCUUGUUUUCUACCACAACAGCAGGGUUGGGGAAGUGGCAAGAGGAGAAAAACCCUCUUCCCAACCCCCACCCCACUGCCAAUCCCAAGCAUACACAUACCUUUCUGGCUUAAGUUCCUAGUCCUGGCAACGUACCAGGCACAGCUGUGGGAGGAACUCCUUGUGCUUGUGGGGGGCCCUGCAUGACCCUGAUGACAACAGCUCAGCUUGACAAGAGCUCCCUGUGAGGGGCUAACCAACCGUAGUAACAUGGAGGUCCCUGUCCUGGAUCAAUCCCAUCCUGUCCUGGGUAGCGGCAUUGUUCCACUCUAAGAGCCUAAAAGCUUUUUUGCUUUGAAGCACCCAUGCCAGCUUUCAAUGGACUGUCUGGGGCUGGCUGAGCUAUUAAUAGCUGUGAGUAUUUUGAGAUCCCUUUCCCCACCUUAAAGAACACAGAGAUUCUUAGAGAGGUGGCAGUAAGCAGAGCAGAGACAAGAGAACAUACCCAGCCUGGGAAGGGGGCUUAAAGUUUGUUCCAAGAUGGGGACAGAGUGGAGCCUCCAUGAGUAGGGGGCGACCAUAAUCAGCAGAUUCUAAGCUGGCAAUCAGGUUGGAGUGGCCCCACCCUUUGCUGUUGGAGAACACAGGGCCAGGCCUGGCUCCCUGACCUCAGCAGGUCCCUUGGGCCAGCUCCCUGACCUCAGCAGGUCCCUUGGGCCAGGGCCAGCUACCUGAGCUGUGACUAGUGUCCCUGCAGAGGGGUGGUGUGGGAGGGCCCCAGGGUGACACUCGGAGGCAAGUGCUAGUCCUGGACAGAGUCACCGUGAGCUGGGAAGAAGUCUUGCCUCAGAAGCCCGUGGCCCUGACUUGUGUGCAGGUAGCAGAGGCAGCAGGCCGUGCCGGGGGGGCAUGUUGCUGUAACCAGUGGCCCAGGGGAUGUUACGGUGGACAGUGCACCUGGAGGGCGGGCCCCGCAGGGUGAACCAUGCUGCAGUGGCUGUUGGGCACCGGGUAUACUCCUUCGGGGGUUACUGCUCUGGUGAAGACUAUGAGACACUGCGUCAGAUAGAUGUGCACAUUUUCAAUGCAGUGUCCUUGCGUUGGACAAAGCUGCCCCCAGUGAGGCCCGCCAUCCGCGGGCAGGCUCCUGUGGUCCCCUACAUGCGGUAUGGACACUCAACCGUCCUCAUCGACGACACGGUCUUCCUUUGGGGCGGGCGGAAUGACACCGAAGGGGCCUGCAAUGUGCUCUAUGCCUUUGAUGUCAAUGCUCACAAAUGGUUCACACCCCGAGUGUCAGGAACAGUUCCUGGGGCUCGGGAUGGACAUUCGGCUUGUGUCCUGGGCAAGAUCAUGUACAUUUUCGGGGGCUACGAACAGCUGGCGGACUGCUUUUCCAAUGACAUUCAUAAGCUGGAUACCAGCACCAUGACUUGGACCCUUAUCUGUACAAAGGGCAACCCUGCACGUUGGAGGGACUUCCACUCAGCCACAAUGCUGGGAAAUCACAUGUAUGUCUUUGGGGGCCGCGCCGACCGCUUUGGGCCAUUCCAUUCCAACAAUGAGAUUUACUGCAACCGCAUUCGCGUCUUUGACACCAGAACUGAGGCCUGGCUGGACUGCCCACCCACUCCAGUGCUGCCCGAGGGGCGCCGGAGCCACUCAGCCUUUGGCUACAAUGGGGAGCUGUAUAUCUUUGGUGGCUAUAACGCAAGGCUGAACCGGCACUUCCAUGAUCUCUGGAAGUUUAACCCUGUGUCCUUUAGCUGGAAAAAGAUUGAACCGAAGGGGAAGGGGCCAUGUCCCCGCCGGCGCCAGUGCUGCUGUAUUGUUGGUGACAAGAUUGUCCUCUUUGGGGGUACCAGUCCAUCUCCUGAGGAAGGCCUUGGAGAUGAGUUUGACCUCAUAGAUCAUUCUGACUUACACAUUUUGGACUUUAGCCCUAGUCUGAAGACUCUGUGCAAAUUGGCCGUGAUUCAGUAUAACCUGGACCAGUCCUGUUUGCCCCAUGACAUCAGGUAUAGCGAAUGGUUGGAAAGGAGGGAUUGGUUGAGAAUAAAUGAGCGGCACAGGCAUGAUCUAAUUAGCUUGGUCUCACUGUGGAGGAGACAGACGUUUUUGUUCUGCUGGAGAUGUAGUGUACUUGUGGGAAAUGAGAUGCAAAGAGGUGAAGUUACCGCCAUCAUAUGAUAAAACUGUCAGCUGGGUAAGUUAUAUGAAA